AUCAGAAUGUUCUCCAAAGUGUUCCCUGUGUUGUGCUGCUGUCUCAGCUUCGUCGCAUCCAUCGAAGCAACGGAUCUGUUGGCAGGCGAUAUUUGUCGCAUCAAUGGUAAGAUUGGUCGCUGCGUGCCGUUUACGGAGAAUGCCGAAUAUCAGCAGCUGUUUCGGAAGCGUGGUCGUACUGCGGCAGAAGAUUUGCACCUCGAGAAGCACAUCUGUGAUCGGAGACAGCGGUUAACCUGUCGCCUCGGUACGGUCAAUGAUGAGCUGUGUGGGAUCCAGAUGGAUAACCGGAUCGUUGGUGGGAGCCGCGCUUUCCUCGAUCAGUUCCCGUGGAUGGCAUUGAUGCAGUACCAGGAUCAUCGGAAGGGCCGUAAAUUGUUCGCUUGUGGUGGUGUCCUGUUGAACCGCAAGUUUGUCCUUUCGGCGGCUCACUGUUUUGUGCGACUUCAGGCGGGCAUGGAGUUUAUCAAGGUGCGAAUUGGUGAGUGGGACACACAAUCGGAGAUCGAUUGUGAGGAGGAUGGCGGUGAGACGUACUGUGCGCCAGCUGUGCAGGACUUUGGCUACGAGCGGCUGAUCGUGCAUGAGCGAUAUACCGGCAACUACGCAGAUCGAGCCAACGAUAUUGCGUUGAUUAAGCUCAAAGGUACCGUCGAGUACAAUGAGUACGUGAGGCCUAUCUGUCUACCGGAACCGACGACCGAAGACAAGGAGAAGCUGUAUAUUGGAAACGUUUGGGCUGCUGGAUGGGGUCGCACCGAGACGAGUACUGGAAGUCCGUACAAAUUGGUUGCUCCAUUGAGCUACUACGAUCAAAAGCGAUGUGAUGCAUCUUAUCGGAGUAGAGUGAGGAUCCCGGUGACCGAGACGCAGUUCUGUGCGAUGGGCAAUCAUGGGAGGGAUACCUGUAAUGGAGAUUCCGGUGGACCACUGAUGAAAUGGCUUCAAACGAGGUACUACGUCACUGGUGUUGUGAGCUUUGGGCCGCAAAGAUGUGGCAACGAAGUGCCGGCGGUCUAUACGAAGGUGGAUUCGUUCUUUGAUUGGAUUGUCGGCCAUAUGGUGCUGCAUGAGGAUAGUUUUUAGAGUUUAAGCAGAGUUUAGUUAGCUUCCAGAAGCUGUUUAUUUGUGUAUAAGAACAAUAAAUUUUACUUCGA